AUGGCACAGCCUCAGAGAUGUGCCGCGGUUGUGGUGGGAGCUGGUCCUGCUGGUUUGGCAGUCGUUGGAAGUUUACUAGAAAAGCGGCUUGGUGGCAAGAUAGCCUGGGUUGAUCCGUACUUUCAAGGAGGGCGAGUCAAUCGGAAGUAUCGCGAAGUUCCCAGCAUCAGCAACACCAAGGUGUCGUUUUUCCAAGCUUAUGCUACCGCCGUUCAACCCUUCAGAUCCGUUAUUGCCGAUACCCGCAUGCCUAAUCCUUUUACGACUAUGGCCAAGCUUGACCAGGAUAAGACCUGUCAUCUACAUCAUGCUGCGGAUGUGGUCUGUGCGCUCACCGACGGACUCACGAAGAUGGACAAUGUUCUGCCAUGCCGGGGUACAGUCACAGCUGCCAAUCUUUCCGAGCAGACAUCCGAUUGGACAGUUCGAAUCAAAUUUCAAGAUUCCCAAGACGAGAUUGAUGUGAUGACACCCCGACUCGUUCUCUGCACGGGGUCAUCCCCCACGGAAGUCUCGAUCCCUAUUACCGGGCACCACAUCGAAAGGCUGGACCUUGAUCUUGUGCUGAAGCCUAGUGAACUAAUCACACAUCUUCCCCACAACAAGCCCUUGGAAAUUGCCGUGGUAGGAGCCUCUCACAGUGCAAUUCUAGCCCUACUCAACCUGGCAGACUUGGCACGCAGCUCCCAUCCUGAACUCCGCAUCAAAUGGUUCACGCGACAUCCGCUGCGUUACGCGGAGUUUAUGGAUGGCUGGAUCCUCCGAGAUAAUACUGGACUCAAGGGUCAUGCUGCUGAUUUCGCUCGCCAGCAGUUGGAGGAUGACAAACUACCCCAGUCCGACGCCGGCCGCUUCAUCACGAAGGUAGACUGCGGGGGUGGCCAGGAAUCAGCCCAAUACCAGCGGGUCCUGCCAUCAUGCACCCAUAUAGUUCAAGCCGUGGGCUUUACGCGAGACCCACUCCCAGAGCUAUCGGUCAAUGGCCGUCCAUUGGAGCCUGACUUUGACUCGGUCUCAGGUGGCUUUUAUGAUCCCGAUGGGCGCAUUGUCCGAGGCCUUUAUGGGGCUGGUAUCGCAUUCCCGGAGCGGGUGGUUGAUCCAUAUGGCAAUGUUGAACAUGCCGUCGGGUUCUUCAAGUUUAUGAAAUACGUCAAACGGGUGACCCCGCUGUGGGCAGCUUCGUAG